AUGGCCGGUUGUGUGAAGUCGGAGUUUGAUGGCCAGUCAAGUUACGAGCUUCAAUUAGCAUAUCGACCCGCACCGCUAGAGUCAGGCACAUCUGAAGGUACUAGCCCGGAACCAAGACUCACAUUAGCGGUUCCAAAUGGCCAAAUCCAAAACAGUAACGAUGCUAUAUCAGUUGAAUCCAGUCCUAAUCCUUCGAUUCCCUCGCCAGGAUCGGUUACUAUGACCCUGUAUAAUGAUCGAGAAAUGAUGAGCAUGAUUCAGCUUUUGAGCAAGUUGCAGCUCAUAGAUUUCGUAGAUUUAUUAGCCAAUAAAAUAAAAGGCCUUAAAGCCGAUUAUGACUUUAAAAUUGAUUUAACCAACUUUGUUGACAAAAGGAGUACCUAUCGUCAUCCUAUAAUACUCAAUAUCGCAGAAUUACUCACCACAGACGAGUUUGAAUGGGAGACCACAGACGAUAAAGUUGUUUAUAACCCUAAGAAAGGAUACGGAUUUAAAUUGGUUAGGUAUAACAUGACUGUUUUAUGGCACACAAUCAACAUCAACGAUUACGCCACGAAAAUAGAGUGCGAUCGCAAUAGUCACACAGUUACAAUACACAAAUCAGAUGGUAACACAGAUGAGAUUAAAUUUACGGCUGAGCAGAAUACCAGUACUGAUUUAACCACUCCUGAAAGUCAACAAGCUCCAGCUAUCAGGCGCCCGGCUGUGCUUAACAUCAGUGAGAUUAAAGACUGUGACGAGUACACGUGGAAGGUUUCAAACGACAUCAUCACCUGCACCGCGAAUGAAAAAUACGGAUUCAAGUUGGUGAAGCAGAAUAAGACUAUUUUGUGGCACACCAUUAAUCGCAAUAACUACUCGAUCAAGGUGGAGUGCGACAACAAAAACCACACAGUUACCGUGUAUAAGUUCGACGAAACCAAGGACACUUCCGGGUUUCAGCCGGAGCAACGAGACAAGAGCAAUUUAAUUACAGUCGAUAUUGAGAAAAGGACUAACAACGAGUUCUACACGUACGAGAGAAGGGGGGAUCUGGACGUUUUUAUACCAGUUAAGCCGUACCUUGUGAAUAAAAUCAAAAACGGCAUUCAGCCGCUAUGGUGGUUCAAAGACGGCACGUACCCCUAUGAAAUUGAAGUGACAGAUAAGAAAAAUAGGAUACGGAACCUGGUGCUGUACUUCAGGUCAAAAACCAUAGAAUUCUUUGAGUCGGGUGGCGACGAAGUUGAGCCUAUAAUCACGAAAGGCGAAGAGAAGAAACCUACAGAGACUGGUGAUGCCUCAGAUAGCACAGGAACUGACGCUCAAGGGCCCCAACCGCAACCUCAGGAGGAGGUGCUGGUAUCGGACGUUUUCACGUAA